CAGAGGAUGAGGAUGGUGAGGCGCAUGGCAGCACCAACGGCGGGGAAUCCGUCAACGGUGUGGAAAGCGGCGAAGACGGAGAUGAGGUCGAAGAAGAUGAGGAUGAUGAAGAGGAUGAGGACGACGAUGAAGAGGACGAGGAGCCUGCACUCAAGUACGAACGUCUCGGGGGAAUCGCACACCAGCUGCUUCAGAAGGACUCUGCCUCUACCCUCGCGUAUGCAAACCAACGCCUUGCUCUAGGAACACAUGGAGGAAUGCUACAUAUCCUUGACCUCUCAGGGCAGCAUAUCAAGUCAUUCACGGCGCACACGGCUUCUGUGAGCGACAUCUCGAUGGAUGUUACCGGAGACUUCAUUGCAACAGCUUCGAUAGACGGACAGGUCGCAGUGCAUUCCCUCUCUGGCUCGGAAACUCCUUCAUUCAACUUGAAGCGGCCUCUGCGGACUGUCGCCCUUGAGCCGAACUUCGCGAAGAGCAGCACGCGGUCGGUCAUCUCCGGCGGCAUGGCUGGAAACCUGACUCUCCACGAGAAGGGUUGGCUGGGCUACAAGGAAACGGUUCUGCACUCCGGAGAGGGUCCUAUAUGGCAAGUGCGGUGGCGUGACAACCUUGUUGCAUGGGCAAAUGAACUUGGCGUCAAGAUUUACGACACGCAGUCGCAAAGUCGUAUUACCUUCAUUGACCGCCCCGCAGACAGCCCCCGCGCAGACUUGUUCAAGUGCACGCUCCACUGGCAGGACAACUCUACACUUCUUAUCGGCUGGGCCGACCAGAUCAAGGUUGCCCGCAUUCGCGCACGUCCCCGCAAGACAUCGGCCGCCUCUAGCGGACCCCCGCUUCUUGUCGAGAUUACCGCAGUCUUCCAGCUCGACUGCAUGAUGUCCGGCAUCGUCCCUCACCUACUAUCCCACUCUUCCCCAGGGUCCGCCGCGCUGAUCGAAAGUGCCGUCAAGAAGACCAACGGGACAGGCUCCGUGCGGUCGACAGCUCCCAAACCCCCAGCACUUACCGCGUUCCUGGUGCUCGCAUACACGCCUCCGGAUAUGUCUCUCUUGACCGGCAACGAGGCAACGGCCGACAGGGCGGAGCAGGCGCGUAAGCAGGCGGAACGUCCAGAGCUCCGUAUCAUCUCGCGCGCAGGAGAGGAGCUCGCGGCAGACGCGCUUAGCAUCACGAACUUCGAACGGUGGAACUGCAACGACUAUGUGUUGGUGGACAUUGAAGCAGGGCCUGUCAAGGCCUCCGCUUCGGGGUCUGCAGGGGAGCGGUACUAUGUGGUACUUAGCCCAAAGGACCUCGUCGUGGUGAAGCCGCGGGAUUGGCGCGACCACGUUGCCUGGCUGGUUGAGCGGAAACGGUACGAGGAGGCUUUAGAAGAGAUCGAGCGACAGAGCGACGAGGCCGACGCGGCAGGGGAGAAGGACUCGAUCGACGCUGUGCAAAUCGGGCAACGAUACGUCGAACACCUCGUCGGCGAGGGCGACUUUGUCAAGGCUGCGCGCCUGUGUCCGAAGGUUUGCGGUCAGGACACGAAGCGCUGGGAGGACUGGAUCUUCGUCUUCGCACAGAAGCAUCAGCUGCAGGCGAUCAUCCCUUACAUCCCCACGGAGUCGCCUACCCUUGGGCCUUUGGUCUACGAGAUUGUGCUGACGUACUUCCUUGCCCACGAUCGACAGGCUUUGCUCCAAACUAUCAAGACAUGGCCGAAGGGAAUAUACGACAUCUCUGCCGUCAUUGUUGCCGUGCAGUCUGAGCUAGACAGGGCGCCCUCGUCUUCGACCACGAAGCCCACCGGCCCCGGUACCGUUAUCCUCAUGGAAUGCCUUGCAGAGCUGUUCACCCUCAACCGCCAACCGGGCAAGGCAUUACCUUACUUCCUCCGCUUGCGGCGCCCGAACGUAUUCCAGCUCAUCCGCGAAAACAACCUCUUUACCGAUGUGCAGGACCAGGCACUCCUGCUCGUCGAGUUUGAUCAAGAGCUGCGCGAGAAGCGGAGACAAGAGGGCGAGGAGGUCGACACCGACCCAGUCGCAGCGAUCACGCUGCUCGUGGACCAUAUCCACUCGAUACCGAUUGGCCGUGUCGUCCAACAACUCCAGUCGCGACCGGCGUACCUAUAUCUGUAUCUGGACGCGCUAUUCCACAAAGACCCACAUCUCACCUCCGCGUACGCGGAUACUCAGGUCAAACUGUACGCAGAGUACGCUCCUAGGCGGCUUAUCGACUUCCUUCGGGCAAGCAACUACUACAACUUGGAGGAGGCGUACAACGUAUGCAACGAGCGCGAUCUGGUUCCAGAAAUGGUGUUCUUGCUUGGACGCAUGGGCAACAACAAGAAGGCUCUCAAUCUGAUCAUCGAGAGGUUGGGCGAUGUGAACCGGGCCAUCGACUUUGCGAAGGAGCAGCACGACGAUGACCUCUGGGAGGACCUGCUCCGAUAUUCAGAAACGCGACCACCUUUUAUCCGGGGGUUGCUGGAGAACGUCGGUGCGGAGAUAGACCCCAUCCGCCUCAUCCGACGCAUCAAGAAUGGACUGGAAAUUCCCGGCCUGAAGGGCGCGCUCAUCAAGAUCCUGCACGACUUCAACCUCCAAGUCUCGCUGCUUGAGGGCUGCCAGACGAUAUUGAACGGGGACUGCGCGGACCUUGUGUUCAAGCUGCACAGGAACCAGACGAGCGGAUUCUUCUUGAGUGCGAAAACCCCUUGCCCAAUAUGUAGUCUACCGAUAUCUCAACCAGCGCACGGCCUCGCGCUGCUCUUCCUCUGUCGGCACGUUGUGCACGCGCACUGCGUCGACCAUGGCGAGGAGCUGCCCCAGCAGCCGGACCCAACGUUGGUAGGCCUAGGCAUCGGCGGCCAGCCAGGCCUGAGUGGCAAGAUCGCGUUUACUGCGAUAUUGCGGGCGAAGAUCACGCAAGGCUGUCCUGUGUGCCACAAGCGGAGCGAGGGCGACCGGACUUGA